AUGACUGCAGACCUUGCACACGACCUCAGUCCUGAUUUGGUCGCUCGCCUGGCAAAACCCCCAAGACUACCUUCCGCUUGCCCCACAACUCCUCCAUCUCCCAACACAUCGUCUAACAACUGGAUGCUCAUCAAAAUCAUCAAGUCGAAAGCUUUCCUGGUUCGCGUGUCUUUGGGCGUAGGUCAUGUUCCAAGAACGCGGAAUAUCAACUUCACACUCAAGAAACACACCAAUACCUUUGGUGUUGUCUCUACUGUUAGGACGUUCUAUCCCCAGGCUGAAAGUCCAGUGGAGGUCCAGCAGUGGGUCCAAGCAAUCCAGGACGUGCAGGAGGCUCUCAUGACCGCUUCACCCGAGUGCGCAGCGGACUUACUCGACCCCCUCACAGAAUCGCCCUGUAGUUCCUUCCUCACCCACACCGGUCACCAGCGGGAGCCAGCGAGUGCGUUUGCACUCUACUGGGACAACCUAUCUGCUAGUAUUAAGGAGGAGUACAAGAGAAAGGCAACUGCACAAGUUCGUUCUUUCUCAACACAGCAGGCCGUCGACGGGGAGGAUGCAAUCAAUGUUGACGAGUAG